AUGACAGAACUGAUCUGGAGAGGCCAAGUGCCUCCUCUGGCAGCGCCAAACCGAAAUCCUCCCGACCUCAAUAACCUUGACCAGCUCAGCUACAACCAGGCAGUCGCCUACAUCGAAGACUUCCCCGACGUGGCAGAGCGCAUAUAUCGAUGGGGCCUGGGUAAAGAGAACCGCUGGAGAGAUACGCCGCGGUUUUACACUCCGACCAACGUUGUUGACUGGCACGAAGAUAUUAACCCGGAAGCAACCACGUUCAGCCAGCAAGAAAUCUCCGACAACAACAACGGCAUCAACUUCCCUAUCGAUCAGUUAGUACGGCGCGACAAGGUUCAAGCUCUGCAUGCUCUUCAUCAGGCUGGUCUCUGGACGCCCACUGAGUACAACGCGCACGGUUUCAGCUAUCUCCGACAGGCGUACCAGAACGGUGCCGAACUGGUCUUCAAUUACAUCGCCUACCACGCCAGACACGAUUUGGACUUCGCGCGCUCACAUCCAGCUGUCCCCAGUCUUCACGGGGCCUUCCUUUCCUCAGAUCUCGUAAACCACCUCGACUGGCUGUUGGAAAUCGGCGAGCACAAACUUUUCGCCGUCUGGUGGAAAUACCUCGACACUCCCCCGACAGUCCUCAACAGCGAAGGCAACGAAGUACAUCUCAACAACCACAGCUUGGUAACUCUAUGCGAGAACACAACCCUCGGUCUGGCAAACUACAUCCGCGAGAACAACAACGUCAGCCUCGAAACCGUAGACACCUCCAACAUCCGCGGUUCAGUCUGGCAUCUCGCUCUCAAAAACACAAACUCCAACUUCAUCGACUACCUCGCCAGAUACGCUGAUAGAACAAGAAUCGAUCUCCUAGCCGGCCACAUGGAAAGUCCCCUCCAAGCCGCCAGGACACUCAAGCGCUUCAACCACUUCAAGAAGCUACUCUCCACCGGCGCAGACCCAGACGAAAUGGUCAAACUAGACCUCCUCGACCUCCCCCGUCCAUCAGACAAAUGGUUCAAGACCGCCCUUGGCUUCUUCCGCAAUAUCAACCCCAAUCCAGGCCAACAGGUCAGCGGCGGCACAUUAAUCCACCAGGUGAUCGCCAGCCUGCACCGCGAGAUCACCGAGGUGCAAUCAAAUCCACACCUCAGCACAUCGCAGAAGGCAGGCAAGCGCCGGCGACUGAAAACACGCGCCGCCGAUCUGAUUCGACUCGUACGGGUUGGGAGUAUACAGGGGCGACCAGAUCUGACGACGCGAGAUGAACGGGGGAAGACGGCUAUUGCUCUUGCACGGGAACAUGGGUAUCAUGAGCUCUACGCCGCACUGGAGCCGAGUCCACUGCCUAAUAUUGAGAUUCCGGCGGUGCGUAGGAGGGAUGCCCUUAUGCCGCAGCUGCAGCAGCCUGGGGCGCGCAUUCCGGCUAGAGGGCAUCGGUAUCCGACAAGGAGUUCGCGGUUACGGGGGGCUUGA